AUGGUAACUUCCACAGGCUUUAAAAACGGCACCCCCUCGUCUCUCAAAGAAGGGGCAGAAUCACGUGACUUCAUCCAGCCAAUCAGUGAAGCCCACCCAGCUAUCAGUGAGGAUGAGGACUCUGACAGCGGAGACAAUGACAUUGAAGACCCUGACUUCAUACCACCCAGCCACGACCUGGACACCCCAGACCUGAGUGACAGGGGUCCCUCUGGUAAGCGGAGGUGCGUGCGGCCUACGGUGGAGGUGCUUGAGGAUGAGGACGACGAUGAAGACGACCUUUAUGACCACAACAACAACAGGUAUGAAGACGAUGACCAGCCAGCACCACAGGCCAAGAGGCCCACCCAAGAGAAAAAGUCCACAGCCAGACUGACCACCUGGAAGAUGGUUGACCUAAGUAACCCACCCCUGCCUGAGUACCAGCACUCUCCCCCUGACUUCAUUGGGACUCCAUUUGAGUACUUCAGCAGGUACUUCAGCCCCCAAGUCAUCGAGCACAUAACAUACCAGACCAACUUAUAUGCAACCCAGAAAGACGUUAACACCACUUUCACCACCACUGAAGACGAGAUGCUGAAUUUUGUGGCUAUCCUGAUCUACAUGGGAAUUGCUGAGCUGCCUUCAAUUGAUGACUACUGGGCAAUGGACACCAGGGUCCCUCAAGUUGCAAAUCUCAUGUCAUCUAAGAGGUUCAGGCUGAUGAGGAGGCUUGUCCACUUCAACGACAACACUCAGAUCCCUGGCACUGUUGACCGAUUCUUCAAGAUCCGGCCACUGUUCAGCUUCCUGAAUACUGUCUUCAGGAAGGAGCCACAAACCCCCAAGCAGUCAGUGGAUGAGGUCAUGGUUGCCUACAAAGGCAAGACAGCUGGUAACCUGAGGCAGUACAUCAAGAACAAGCCAGACAAAUGGGGAUUCAAACUGUUUGCCAGAGCUUCUGAGGAUGGCUUCAUUCAUGACAUGGUGCUGUAUCAGGGAAAGACUACGUUGGAAGCUCAUGGUGUUCCUCUCAUGCCUGAACAAAAAACCUUGGGUGCCACCAGUCAGAUAGUCUCCGUCCUGGUUAGUACCAUGUCCCCCUCUACCACCACGGCCAUCUUUGCUGACAACUUCUUUACCAGCCUGGAGUUGGUGCGGUACCUCAAGGACAAGAACUGCAGGUACACAGGGACAGCCAGGGACAACAGAAUAGGGAAACCUCCACUCAAGUCCAUCAAGGAGAUGGAGAAGAAGGCUGUUCCUCGGGGUACCUACAGCUAUGUCACCAGUGAUGAUGGGAUACUAGCGCUCAGAUGGAAGGACAACAAGACUGUCACUCUGCUGUCCACAGAUAUGGGAGUGGAGCCCAUGUCCUCAGUCCACCGGUACUGCAGUGAGACCAAGCAGAAGGAGGAAGUGAGCUGCCCCGCUGUCAUCAAAAGCUACAAUUCCAGCAUGGGGGGAAUUGACAAGAGUGACAUGCUGGUUCAUCUCUACCGCAGUCCCAUGAAAUCCAAGAGGUGGUACAUGCGGCUGUUUGCAUAUGCAAUUGAUGUCAGCCUCACAAAUGCCUGGGUGAUCUACAAGCGGGACUGCAAGGCUCUUGGUGUGGAUGGCCUGUCACUGAAGAACUUUAGGAUCCAGGUUUUCAGCCACACCCCGGAUGAUUUUGUUCGGUUUGACCUGUCCCUUUUCCAUGCUCCUCUCUACACCACCCGCCAGACCUGCAAGCACUGCAGCAGGAAGGGACACAUCUUGAGGUCAAACAUCCUCUGCAGAGUCUGUAAGGUCCACCUGUGCCUCAAUGCUGACCGCAACUGCUUCAUAACGUACCAUGAAGCAGUUGCCUAA